CCUGCCCUCUUCUGCCCUCUCUACCAUUCCACUCCUCCCCCUCACUUGGUCUCCCUUCCUUUCUGCCUGUCUUCUGUUUAUUCAUUUAUUUUUUCGUUUCAGGUCUUCUCCUGCGUUCUGCCCUGUCUUUUUCUACGUCUUGUCUUUUUUUAAAAUUCACCUUAACUCUUUCCACGCAGACUUUCAGAACUUCUCUCAAAUUCCCUCGAAAGCCGUUCCUUUGCCAUGGCUGACAAAAGUCGUACACCAAUGAGAAGAAAAGAGAAAGAAGAAAAAGAAAAAGAGUCAGCUGAAAAGACCAAGGAUGUAAAGAAAGUGAAGAAUCAAGGAGCGCAAGGAGAAGGGGCAGCGCAUAAUGGAGAGGGCCCGUCAGCUGAGGCGGCAGCCGCCAAUGGUGCAGCAGCCAACGGUCAGAAUGGAGAUUUUCAGGUUGAGCCAAUGGAACUACCUCCAUUUGAAAUCAUCAAAGGGGACCGGAUUGAUCCUUUUUCCUAUAAGUUCCAGUUCAAGAACGUGGAAUACUCCUCAGGCCGCAACAAGACCUUUCUGUGUUACCUGUUGGAUAACGGGGUAGCUGAUGGGCUACUAAGGGGCUGUCUGGAGGAUGAGCACGCUGGGCUUCAUGCUGAGGAGGCCUUCUUCACACAGUGCCUGCUGAACUAUGACCCUGCACUCAAAUACACAGUCACCUGGUAUGUGUCUUCCAGUCCAUGCUCUGCUUGUGCUCUAAAGAUAGCUGAAAUGUUGAAGGCCAAGAAAAACGUCAGGCUGAGCAUCUUUGCUGCUCGGCUGUUUGAGUGGGAGGAACCAGAGAUCCAGGCCGGACUCAAGGCCUUGCACGCUGCUGGAUGUAAGCUAAGGGUGAUGAAGCCUCUGGACUUCUCCUACACCUGGGACACAUUUGUGGAGCACGAGGAUGAACCUCUGAACCUGUGGGAGGACUGCAAAGAUAACUAUGAGUAUUAUCAUGAGAAGCUGGCUGACAUUCUACAGUGACCACAGAAUCCAGUUGGGAAUGUGUCCGCAAUCAUCAUCAUCAUCAUUACUUGUACAUCAUCACUACAGAUGAUUCAGGUUGAUACUGUUGUUGAUUGAAAGUGAUACAUAUUCAUAGUCCAUAUGAAUCUGUGAGAGUAGAAUAGCUGUGUGUGUAUGAGUCAGGGUGUUGACUUUUCUUUAGUGUGUUUGUGAAUGCUGUAAUCACACUUUAUGUGCCAUGGUGAAGGACCCUCCCCACAACUCCUGGAAGUAAUCACGACAUCUGGCUUCCACAAUCUGGGAUUGUCCUGGUCUCAGACAUUGGGUCUUUACACUUGUAUGUUUUUUUUUUUGCACAUUUUUGCACACAGUGAUUUUUAUGGGGUGCUACAGUAUUUCCACCUUGAUUAGGUAAAUCAACAACCCAUUCUCAUUCCCAACUCAUUAAAUACUGACGCAAAAAUCACCCUUUAGUGUCUGAAUGGGACGUACAGGGCAGAGCAGCAGCUUGA